GUGGAAGCUCAAAGAGAGGAGACUGUGUGCCGGCUUAAUUACUAUGAGAGAUGCAGCGAGUCACAGAAUAGCAAAGUGUGUCUCAUGUGUGGACCCUGAAGACAAAUGUAAGUUCUCACGCUGCUAUAUGUUAUUGCUGUGUAAUUUUCAUUCUGGUUUGAAAGCAUGCUUGGCCAAAGCAUAAUCGUCUCAAUGAGAAUUGUAGUGUGGAAAGUUGUCUGCUAAUCUUUACUUAAGACCUUUUCUUUUUUCCUUUUAUUAACUAAGCAACAUAAUAGGAGCUGAAAUUCCUGAUGACAGCUGUUAAUUCAGCUUCAGACUCAUCGAGAAUCCUAACCCUAACUACAUCCAAUUACUAUGGGAUUAACACUGGACGUAUUUUUUAAUUGACUUUCUUAAUACCUACAUCUCCAUUGUUUUGGAUUGCAUGCUAUUUUCAUAUUGAUGUGGCUAAACUAGUGUGAUCAGCAUAACCAACAAAAGGAGAUACAUCUAAACAAGAAUUCCUGGUAGUUACAAACUUUUCUUCUUUGGCCAGGAUCACAUUUGUCUCCCUGAAUGCUCAAAACUCCACAACCUCUGUACUAAAAGUUCGUUCUGCUUUGUGGCUCUUGCUCUGGUGGAAAAAAGAAAAAAGAAAGAAAGAAAGCCAGACAGUGGACUCUACUAAAAUGGCAAAGGGAGGAAAUAUAAAGAGCCACCACAGUUCUUCAACUAUUAUCAUAAUAAUGGGAGACAAAAAGCCAGCUAAGAGAGCCCAGCAUGUACACCCAAGGAGGGAUGGUGAGCAGAGGCUAUAAAUUGUUAGUCUUUCUAUACUUCAUCUGCUACAAAUUCCAGUUUAGAAAUGGAUAUUCUCUGUGAAGAAAACAAUUCUCUGAGCUCCAUUCCGAACUCCCUAAUGCAAUUAAGUGAUGACACAAGACUCUACAACAAUGACUUUAACUCCAGAGAAGCCAACACUUCUGAUGUGUUUAACUGGACCGUGGACUCUGAUAAUCGAACCAACCUUUCCUGUGAAGGGUGCCUCUCACCACCAUGUGUCUCCCUACUUCAUCUCCAGGAAAAAAACUGGUCUGCUUUAUUGACAGCUGUAGUGAUUAUUCUAACCAUUGCCGGAAACAUACUCGUCAUCAUGGCAGUGUCCCUAGAGAAAAAGCUGCAGAAUGCCACCAACUAUUUCCUGAUGUCACUUGCCAUAGCUGAUAUGCUGCUGGGUUUCCUUGUCAUGCCCGUGUCCAUGUUAACCAUCCUGUACGGGUACCGGUGGCCUCUGCCUAGCAAGCUCUGUGCAGUCUGGAUUUAUCUGGAUGUGCUCUUCUCCACGGCCUCCAUCAUGCACCUCUGCGCCAUCUCUCUGGACCGCUACGUCGCCAUCCAGAAUCCCAUCCACCACAGUCGUUUCAACUCCAGAACCAAGGCAUUUCUGAAAAUAAUUGCUGUUUGGACUAUAUCAGUAGGUAUAUCCAUGCCAAUACCAGUCUUUGGACUGCAGGAUGAUUCCAAGGUCUUUAAGGAGGGAAGCUGCUUACUCGCCGAUGAUAACUUCGUCCUGAUUGGCUCUUUUGUGUCAUUUUUCAUUCCCUUAACCAUCAUGGUGAUCACCUACUUUCUAACUAUCAAGUCACUCCAGAAAGAAGCUACUUUGUGUGUGAGUGAUGUCAGUACCCGGGCCAAAUUAGCCUCUUUCAGCUUCCUUCCUCAGAGUUCCUUGUCUUCAGAAAAGCUCUUUCAGCGGUCCAUCCACAGGGAGCCAGGCUCCUAUGCGGGCAGAAGGACUAUGCAGUCCAUCAGCAAUGAGCAAAAAGCGUGCAAGGUGCUGGGCAUUGUCUUCUUUCUAUUUGUGGUGAUGUGGUGCCCGUUCUUCAUCACAAACAUCAUGGCUGUCAUCUGUAAAGAGUCCUGCAAUGAGGAUGUUAUCGGAGCCCUACUUAAUGUGUUUGUUUGGAUAGGUUACCUCUCCUCAGCCGUCAACCCACUAGUCUACACACUGUUCAAUAAGACCUAUAGGUCAGCCUUUUCACGUUAUAUUCAGUGUCAGUACAAAGAAAACAAAAAACCAUUGCAGUUAAUUUUAGUGAACACUAUACCAGCAUUGGCCUAUAAGUCUAGUCAACUUCAAAUGGGACAAAAAAAAAAUUCAAAGAAAGAUGCGAAGAUGGCAGAUAAUGACUGCUCUAUGGUUGCUCUAGAAAAACAACAUUCAGAAAAUGCUUCUACAGACAAUAUCGACACAGUGAAUGAAAAGGUUAGCUGUGUGUGAUAAGCUAGUUGCCAUGGCAACUGUAGAGGGCAUAUUGAGAAAAUUUUCACCUCUCUGGGAAAAAAAAAUAGGGAGACUGGAAAACAUUAGGCCAAUCUAGUGGAACCAACAAUAAUAUCUAUAUGCCUCAUUUUAUCCUGUCAAUGAAAAGCAGGGUUAAAUGCCACAAAAUGUGCACUUCAGAAUUGUCCUGACAGCACUUCAGUUGUGAGCUUUAUGAUACUUAUUUUUAACAUUGUAAAUGAUGUGUCUUCAAAAUCACUAGUUUUUAUUGUAUAAUUAUAAUGAGGCCAUACAUAAGUCUAAAUUUACAUCUAUUUUCAAAUGGAAACCUUGCUACUAUGUUGUUAAUUAAUGGCAUGGGAUUAAGUUGGUUAUUUAUUGCUGUAAAUAAAAAAAAGAGCUAAAAAUAGUGAAAAAAAUAUUGAAUAUAGUGACCUCUUAAAGAAAGAAAACUCUUUAAAACUUACCGUGACAUACAUUUGAAAAGGAAACAAGACACUAAGGACAGUGUUAUAAAAUUCAUACUGGUGAGACCAUUAAUUGAAAUACUUGACAACAUUUUUCAUUCUUGCUUUUUCAUAGAUUUUGAGAUAUUGACACAGUUGCUGGCAUUUGCUACAUUUCAGGUUAAUUCUUCUCAAAAGUGGAAAAGAUUUUAAAUGUUAUUGCUGCUUUCUCUUCUACUUCUCAUGCUUUAUUCCAAAUUUGUGAUCUUGUUUAAUAUUUGUUCUUCUAGGCUAACGAGCAAAAGCGUAAUUAAAAAUUACCAAGUACAUUUCUAGAAAUUGCUUCUCUAAAACAGCUCCACUGAGGUAUUUGGUAACUUAGUCACUCCGAUGACUGCAUUGCGUAUGUACUCCUUUGAGCAGUAUACCGUAUGUUGAUGUAACUGUCAGGAUUGAGGAAUAAACUCAGGUUUCUAGCUAUUGAUAAUAGGAAAGUCUCAGGACAUCUCUGUAAAAAGCAGGUUACUUUCCUGUUGACAUACAUCAGGUAAAUUGAUGCUUUCAGGUCAAUCUAUAUCAUGUAUUAAAACUGUUCAGCCUGUCUCCGAAAUCAUCUCUGAGUGAACACUUACGUGUGAAGCAAGAUUUUAGGUACUAGAAAUAUAAGAAUAAUUAAAUGAGAUAAUUUUUCUUAAAGAAAAGGACUAAACCAAA